GACUGAGCAGCGAGCGUGCGAGCGAGCCAAGGACAGCGGAGAAAACCAGACAGGGGCAGCCUACAGGAGGCGGAGGAGGAAGAAGGCGAAGAAGAAGAAGAAUGAUGCAUGGAGCAGUGGAAGGGAUUGGGUACCUGGUGGGGACGUGGAGAGGGGAAGGGCGAGGCGUGUAUCCCACCAUCGACUCCUUCGCCUACACGGAGGAGCUCACCUUCUGUCAUCCCGACCCUCGCAAGCCCGUCCUUACCUACUCCCAGCGGACCUGGAACCCCAUCACCUCCCUCCCCAUGCAUUCCGAGUCCGGCUUCUGGCGCCCCAAGCUCGACGGCUCUCUCGAGGUUGUCCUUGCUCAGAGCACCGGCCUCGUUGAAGUCCAGAAGGGGACCUUCGACGCGGACCAGAAAGUCAUCUGCCUUAAGAGUGAUCUUGUGGGGAACGCUUCCAAGGUGAAAGACAUCACUCGAGUGUUCAAGCUGGUCGAUGGGGAAUUGUCUUAUGUUGUUGAAAUGGCCACCGCCUUGACCAGUCUUCAGCCCCACCUUAAGGCUGUGCUCAGAAAAGUUUGACACCAUCAUCUUCUGAUUAUGUGUGCCGAUGUCUCAGUUGACAUGCCCUUUGGAUAUAUGCAUAAACAAAAAUCAGAAUACACAGGAAUAGAAUGAGAGGUCAGUCUCGUGUCAAAUUUCUCUAAGACUUACGGAUAUAUUGUGCUGUAUGCCCACGGACAAGAAAAUUGAAUGGAGGUGAUUUUUUAUGGCCCCUA